UAAAAAUAUCAAUACAUCAUUUAUUUUUCCAAAUUAAUCUUACUUUCUUGAUAAUUUCUUAAUUUUGUGACUGUGUUUAGAUCGUUUUGACUGACCACCACAAUCAGAGUUGUGCUUUGGCCCAGAAAGAAGUGUAGAUAAUACGUCUUAGGAAGACAGAUAAGGAAGACUAGUUUCAACGCUCUUGAACUUCCACUGUUCAUCAUUACGUGAUUGCGGUCAGUGAGCUUUGGAAACCGUCAGUGAACAGGAAAUGUCUUUAGCAGCAAAAAGUGCUUUGAUUACGGGCGGAACUGGAGGAAUCGGAUCUGCAAUUGUUGAGGAACUCCUUGAGAAUGGAAUCCAGAGCAUCGCUGUCCUGGACCUCAGCUCACAAGAGCCAUUCGUUGUGCAAGAGUGGAGGAAGAGAUUCCCUGCCAUCGCUGUGAAAUACUACCGAGUGGAUGUGUCUUCGCAGGAAGAAUUGGAGAAAUGCUACGGAGAAUUCGUGAAAGAGACCAAAGGUUUGGAUAUCGUUGUGAAUUGCGCGGCGACCUUCAACGAGAACAUGCCCAAGAGAGUCGUGGACGUGAAUCUGAACGGAGUCAUUCAAUCCACGAUCAUCGCCAUUGAGAAGAUGAGAGCAGAUGGAAGCGGCGUGAUUGUCAACGUUUCCUCUGAUACUGGAUUGGCGCCAUUCAGCUUGGGACCGACUUAUUCCGUCACGAAACACGCCGUCAUUGCCUUCACUCGCGCCUUGGCGCACAAGCGCGACUUCCUGGGAAUCAAAUUCCUCAGCCUCUGUCCAGGACCAACUGACACAGAAAUGGCUCACAAUUGCUUUCAAUUCACCUUCAUGCCGAACAAGGAGCAGAUUGAUGCUAUCAGGAGUCAAAUCUUCUUCCAAAGUUGCGAAGUCGUUGGAAAGGCAACCGUGAAGUACAUCCAAAAGGGAAAGACAAGAAGUGUUUGGCUCGUUUCUAACAACAAAAUCGAAGAAAUUCCUGUGGAAGAUGUAAAAUUUUAG